AUGGGGAGCAACAGUCGACCCCUUGACAGCACACUUGGCUCUCGAGGUCGGAGCGGGUUCUUUGACUCAGAAAACUCCUUUGAUCGCCAGUCGACGCAGUCUGACUUUCGAAAUGCAGGGAAAAGUAGGAGCAAAAGGAAAUCUCGUCGCAGGCACAGAGACCCGGACGCCGAAGAGGACCAGUCUGAGCGACGACAAGACAACGAUGAGGUCAUCAGUGUUGACAUGAGUGUUCAGACAGACGAUUCCUCCCAGACGGAGAAAAGAAGGAGAAGAGGCAGAUGGAGAAGAGGAGGACUGAGCGAGUACCGUCCAGGAGAAACUGAUACUUGGGACGAGAGCGAUUAUUACGACGACGAAGAUGAAGAAGAGGAUAAUGGAGAAGACUACACUGGAGAGGACUAUGAAGGCGGAAUAAGGGAGAGAAGGAAGAAACGAGAAAGUGAAGAUAAAGAAAAGGGGAAAGAGGGAUUAGAGCGAGCAAGUUCUGGCAAGUUUACUGAAAUCAACUACGAUCUCACCCCAAACAUGUUCCGAUCAGAGACGGGCGGAAGUGAAUGGUCGGACGACGUGCCUCCCCUGAUCAACGCUCCACCUGGGCGACCAAAAGGAGCAUCUGUACACAAGUUUUACGAGCGGAGAGAUCACGUGGCCACUGUCAUCACAGACCCAUCCCGAGGACUGUAUAGUGGUAGUUCUUCAUUGCCGAGUAUAGAAGAGCCCUACACACGACCUCGUGACCCGUUAAAUCGCCAGGGCACGGCUGAAGAGAUUGCGGAUCACGACUCUGAUCUACACUCAGAAUCUAACUACACAGACGCCACUCUAAAGGUACCAGAUGGUGUCAGUGUCGGCGACUCUGGCAUUGGAAAGGACAUGCUUUCUGAGGUCUCCUCACACGUUUACGGAGGCAGUGACUCACUCUACCAGCAAGGUCGUCCAAAGUUGUCUCCUAUCAAAUCCCAAUCUAAUCUACAAAAUCCAGAAACGAAAGAAUCAGAAUGGAAAGACUUCUUAGAAUCAAACCAAGUACAAGAACGCCACAAAGCAGUGGACUUUGUGAAAAAAGAUUUGAAUGAAGAACCUAUGAUUCGAAUUCCUACACUUCCCCCAAUCAUGUACGUCGAUCCUGAGCAGCCCACUUUGCCGGGAGAGGCGGGACUUCGACUUCUGUACUCAGUCCGAUUGGCUGACAGAGAAAAAACGUGUGACCCUGGAGGCAGGGUAGUAGAGGCUCUUCCAGGAAGGCUAACGAUCAGCACACAAGCCGAACCGGCCGGUGAUACUAACUACGGACUAUUGCAAAUGCGCUGGACUACGCAAGUCCCUGCACUCCAGACUGCUCCAACAGGUAGACGUACCAACAGACACACCGACAAACGCACAGACAGGCAACAAUCAGACCUCCACAAGGGAGAUUUGGCCACGUGCCGCUAUGACGUACCGGAAAAACUGCCCAAGCUGCCAAGAACCGAUGGAGUGUCGCAAAGACCAAAAUUAAAGUCUUUCACAGCAAGAGAGAAAACACUUCCCGUUUUACCAACAAGGGAGCAAACUGAUUUCCAGUGGUCUCGCCCCAUGGCUCCAGCCCCUAAACGAGCAUCAUUCGCCGAUAAUUCAUACCAACUGGAGCACCACUGUGAUCAAUAUAGAUGGGCAUCAAGGAGAAUGCACCACUAUAUCUCUUCUACCAAAAACAUGCAGUUGCCCAAAAUGGAUGGGCGGGCUCACACUUUCUUAGCUGCCUCACACAACGAUGAUGUCAUGUCCAUAAUUAGCCACAGUAGCGUCGCCCUGAUGCCUUCUAUGACCGAGAAGUUGCUGAAAUCCAUGAAUGCUGCGUCUUCUUUAGGCUAACCCAAAUAAUAAAUGAAAAUUGUACUGUAUUGUAAAGCGGCUAUGUCGUCCACUUUCAUUUUAAAAUGUUUUUGUUUUAUACCACAAUGAAUUAAUCGCAUUGCCUCCAGCAAAUGAAGACGUUAUUAGUCCGAGAGCCGGAUCUAUGUACAAGUACUAGAACUUUUUCCUUUAGACAGUUUUUUUUUCUUUUGUGAUUGUUACAUCGGGGUCUUUCUCAUAUUAGUAUAGGACCAACUUGUAUCUUAUGGGCAUAAUUUUUUUCUACUAGUUAAAAAUACACCAAACCUGUAUCAUGCAAGAAUGAUGGCCGAGCGACUCAUGGACGAGUCGACAAAGAUUUCCGCGAGGGUGCUAACGCUUACAGAUCCUCUCGCCGUGAUGCCACCGGCUGUACUAAAAGGUGCACUCAGAUACACUCAGUCUGAGUUUAUACUGUGUCACAAGAACUGUAUGAGCACAUACUGUUCCAAGGACCAUAUUCAGCGACUUUUACAAAAGAGAAAGACUGAGAAACUUUGUGAAGAAGAACCCAAACGUCUUUGGGGCAGUACUAAUUCGUGAACAUUGUUUUUUCGGAGAAGCAUGCUCAAAACACACAGGUCGUUGGAAAAAUAAGCGAACUUCAGAGGAGAAAGGGGGGAAGGUAACCAAAGAAGAAAUGCAAAAAUAUACUGAGGAACGUGGGAAACGGUUGUCAGUUUCCGUGUGUCGGUGCUUUGAAUGCAGCAGACGCUGGGUAUCACAGAGACUGCUUACUCCCGGUUCUACACAAAUAAUCCAAAGCAAUCAACAAGCUGACCUUCAAUGCAUGACAAUGCCUUCAGUAUGCCGGUUGAUGAGAUACGAUCAAACAAAUCAUGCAUGUGGAAUAAUGCAAAGUCCAAGAACGCUAUAUUGAAUUAGGAGGAAAGACAAUUCGCAACGUCCACUCCUCAACCAUGUAUCUGAGAAGCUGCAUCUAGAAUGGCUGAUCCUGUCUUCACCAGGUGUGACUUCCAUCCUCGUCUUCAGGAGCACGACUUCAGCUCAGAUAAUGAAGAAGACUGAGAUGCACGAGCUUGGCGAGCGUGAUCAAGGCAGAAUGUUCAAAGCCCAAUCGCCACACGUACCCAACCCGUCUACCCAGAGUAUUUGGCAUGAAUGAGUGCAGCCCAACUUUGCUGUCGUCCUUUCAGCCUUACACCCCAAACUAGAAUAUACAGCAAUGAUAGUUACAAGUACAGUUAGCAGCUAUUUCACAAACUUGCAAAUUCAUAGACGAGUCACCACUUAUGGAGUCACCACCUCAUACGACGAACUUGGUGACGUUGUAUUUCAACGGUAUCAGGAAACGGGAAAAAACGGCUUAUGCCGGAAGAACUGUGCCUGCCACAUGCCCCAUCUCUAGUCUUUUUUGCCACACAAUAGGUUUCUCUUAACAGAAUUGCAACUGAAGACCUGUCCUUUUUCAAACAGGUACUCGGCGAAGAUGUGCGACAUGAGUAUGGAGGUUAUAACACACAAUGUGCCCACAGCGCAAACAACAGCUCCAAACAAAGACAGAUGUGGUGUACAGCCCAUUCCUGGACAUGAUAGUUUUCAAGAAGAUGAACAGAAGCUACGGAAGAUGUCUGUACCUUUCCAGGAAGGCUCUCAGUCAUGCCUUCAGCUCCCUAUAUGUAAUCUGUUUUAUGGGGACGUGUCAGGGGCCAAUCUUAAUACAUUUCAAGCUAGCAUUUUCAAGAAGAGGAUUGCUGGAAAGAGACACAUCCCCCUAAAACUGAGUAGCCUUCUUCCGACGAUGGCAAGUUUUCAUGCCCACGCCAAAGGAGCACACUAUCAGGCUGUACUGUAGCAAGCGGCUAGGGAGCCAUUUCCUGCCGCCGGAUACUGCUGAGUACAGAUGGCAGUUACACCAGUCAACACUCCUCCCAGCCGUUGGACUUGAUGCUGCCAGCUCAUGAUAAAGUUCUCAAUCUGGUCUGUUGCAGUUGUAAAACUGGAUGCAACAGAGCAUAGUGCACCUGUACCAAAACUUGUAUUGUCACAUGUACAACAUUUUGCAAAUUUAGGAAGAAUUUCCUGCAUUAACCCAAUGACUGUCAUUGUCUCUCUCACCCACCCACCCCCCUCCCCUUUUCCCCAUGACUAUGAGGAUACAUGAACUGUCUUCAGUCACUAUUGAUGCAGCAAACACUGGUGAGCGUCCCAGAGUUUUCUCCCUGUUAAACAAUUUAAUGAAGUGAUUUCAAUGCGAUGGUUUCAAGUGUAUUGUGCAUCUGCACAUUUAUGAAUACAUGUACACAAUGGCAGCCAUCUUGUUUACUUUGAAGUUGCCAUUUUAUUUUCGGGUUCGAGGUCCAUUCAGAGUUUCUUGGCACAGUCACGCGGAAUCCCAAAGUAAAAAUUUCAAGAAUUAUUGGCCUUCUGGUUUGUGAAAUGCGUACUUUACAUCUUUUGCAAGAUUUACGAAAUCUGCCGUGUGGUGCAUUGUUAACACCUCAAUGAUGCCAACGUGUAAUGUGGAUUAUUUUUUUGCUUUUUCUGUGGGG